AUAACUGAAAAAUAUUGUUGUUUGUUUUAUUUUUAAACGCGGUAUACGUGAUUCCCAAUGUGUUGUUUUGUUAUGCGUCAAAUAGCGAUCCAUCCGAUGCGGCGCUGCAGUCGUCAUUGUCCAUAUUUUAUGAUCCUCUGUAUUCGACAUUCGUGUUAUUUAUAUUAUUUCUCACACACACCACAAUUUAUUUUGAUUUUGGUCAUUUUAUACUUCUCAUUUCAACAUUUGACUACUUGACUGUUGAAUGUUGUCAAUGUUGAUACUCAUAACUCAUUACAAACAUUUUAACAUUUACCUGCCAACUGUACUAGCUGGGGAUUUUGGAAGUUUGGAGAUUCUGUUCCUGAGGACUUACUGUAAUAGUAUACUUUUUGAAUUAUGGAUUUAUACACUCAAGAUAUAAUGAAACAAUGGGGUUUUUCAACUGAAAUAAUAACAAUAUUUAAAGGUAAAGAGAAUAAACACUCAAAAAUUGUCUAUUCAAAUCUGCAAACUAAUUUUAUACAUUUUUUAGAUCAAGAAAUAGAUCAAGUAGCACUAUUGAAUCUUACUGAGACUAUGAUAAUAGAGUUGUUGCCUAUAAUUGGUCAACGAUCUAAAUUUUUAAAACAUUUAGAAGAUUUAAAAAUACAAAAAAAUGUUUCUGUUGAUUCUAAAAAGAAACAUGAUAUAAUUGACUGGGAUAAUUUAGAAAUAGAGUUAGCUCCGAUGGAUAGCUUUGAAGAUGUUAAUUCUACAGAUAACAUAGUAUGUGAUACAAUACCUGACAAUUGUAAUACUGCAGUCCAAGAAUUCAAAGAUCAUUGUGGUAACCCCCUCAGUAUUUAAAUCAUUUUAUUAAUAUAAUUUAUACAUUAUGCUAUAUAGUAUUACCAAUAGUAUUAUAUUCAAUACUUACUAUAUAGUAUAGGUA